AUGAUUGCUUCACUUUGGAACCGUCGAGCAUUCUCGCUUGCGGUCAUUUCCCUUCUCGCAUCAUCCGCAGCAGCCGAUGUCUUUGAAAGCCUGAGGGCUGUGCCCCAGGGAUGGAGAUAUUCCCGCACACCUCGUGGCAAUCAGCCCUUAAAGCUUCAGAUUGCACUGGCCCAAGGCGACGCUGCUGGAUUCGAGGCAGCAGUGAUGGAAAUGUCCACUCCCGAUCAUCCUAGCUAUGGAAAGCACUUCCAAACACACGAGGAAAUGAAGCGUAUGCUGCAACCAAGCGCCGAGUCCUCAGAUUCAAUCCGUGAAUGGCUCGAGAGCGCCGGAAUUACUCAGAUCGAGCAAGAUGCCGACUGGAUGACUUUCCACACCACCGUCGAGACUGCGAAUGAGCUGCUGGCAGCUAACUUCCAGUACUACGUCAGCAAUGCCAAACAUAUUGAGCGUCUUCGCACGCUAGAGUACUCCGUUCCAGACUCUCUGAUGUCCCAUGUCAACAUGAUCCAACCUACCACACGCUUUGGACAGAUUCACGCCAACCGCAACACCCUGCACAGCAAGGCCAAGGAGACCAAUGAGGCGUUCCGCCUGGCUGCCCAGUCUACUUCUCCUGAUUGCAACAGUAUUAUCACCCCGCAAUGUCUCAAAGACAUCUAUAACAUUGGUGACUACAAUGCUUCUAGCGAUAUUGGCAAUAAGGUUGGCUUUGCCAGCUACCUUGAGCAAUAUGCUCAAUACUCCGACUUGGCCAUGUUCGAGAAGAACAUCGCAACCUACGCACAGGGUCAGAAUUUCUCUGUCGUUCAAUUUAAUGGUGGUGGCAACGUCCAGGGCAGUAGCAGCGGUGACAGCAGCGAAGCCAACCUCGACCUGCAAUACAUCAUCGGAGUGAGCUCUCCUGUUCCUGUUACUGAAUUCAGCACUGGUGGCCGUGGCGAGUUGGUCCCCGAUCUUGACCAGCCCGACCCCAACGAUAACAACAACGAGCCCUACCUGGAUUUCCUCCAAAGUGUGCUCAAAUUGGACAACAAUGACCUGCCACAGGUUAUUUCCACUUCAUAUGGCGAGGACGAACAGAGCAUUCCCGAGACCUACGCACGUAGCGUGUGCAACCUGUACUCCCAGCUUGGCAGUCGAGGUGUCUCUGUUAUCUUCUCCUCCGGUGACUCUGGUGUUGGUGCUGCCUGCCAAACCAACGAUGGCAGAAACGCAACCCACUUCCCACCCCAAUUCCCCGCCUCCUGCCCGUGGGUCACGUCUGUUGGAGCCACAACCGGUACCUCGCCCGAAAAGGCCGUGUACUUCUCCUCGGGUGGCUUCUCCGAUCUUUGGGAUCGUCCUCAGUACCAAGAAGACGCCGUGAGCUCAUACCUCGAGGGCCUGGGUAACACUUGGUCCGGCCUCUUCAACCCCAAGGGCCGAGCAUUCCCCGAUGUCUCCGCCCAGGGCCAGAACUACGCCAUCUUUGAGCAUGGCUCCCUGAGCAGCGUCGACGGUACCUCCGCUUCAGCACCUGCCUUUGCCGGUGUCAUUGCGCUGCUCAAUGACGGGCGUAUCAAGAACAAAAAGGCCCCAUUGGGCUUCCUUAACCCCUGGCUGUACUCGACUGCUCGCGCGGCUCUUAAUGACAUCGUCGACGGUGGUAGCACUGGCUGCGAUGGCAAGAGCCGCUUCGGUGGCGCCGCCAACGGAGGACCCGCUGUGCCCGGUGCCAGCUGGAACGCGACUAAGGGCUGGGACCCUGUUUCUGGUUUGGGUACACCUAACUUUGGUGAAAUGUACAAGGUUGCUUAG